AUGGAGGCAGAGGCUCAUGAAAAGCGCCCCGGUGGUAAUCACACCCCAUCUUCAGAUGACAAUGAGAUGGAACACAUGAGUGUAAUGAGAUACUUCUGGACUAGGCUGCCGACGCUGGUGCCACCGAUGAAUCCCGCUCCCAAUCCGUUCAAGGCACUUACUCUUCUCAAUACACAGCAAUGGCUUUUCUUUUCGGUCGCAUUUCUAGGCUGGACUUGGGAUGCAUUUGACUUUUUCACCGUUUCCCUAACGACGUCCCAAUUGGCAGAGGAAUUCAAUAAAAAGGUUUCCGACAUCACCUGGGGGAUUACUCUCGUGCUCAUGCUUCGAUCCGUAGGGGCCAUCAUCUUCGGAAUUGCCUCCGAUCGCUGGGGUCGGAAAUGGCCCUUUGUCAUCAACAACCUCCUUUUCAUUGUGUUAGAGCUGGGUACUGGUUUCUGUCAGACUUAUCAGCAGUUCUUGGCCUGCCGCGCCCUCUUUGGCAUUGCUAUGGGCGGCCUCUAUGGAAAUGCAGCGGCAACGGCGCUCGAGGAUUGUCCCAUGGAAGCGAGAGGCAUCGUGUCCGGUUUGCUGCAGCAAGGGUAUGCAUUUGGUUACCUGCUGGCCACUGCACUUGCGCGGGGGCUGGUUGACACCACGUCUCACGGGUGGAGACCGCUGUACUGGUUCGGCGCCUGCCCCCCCAUCUUGAUUAUUCUCUUCCGACUGUGUCUCCCGGAAACUCAGACAUUCCGCCAGCGGCAGGCCACCCGAGAAGACGUUCGUGGUGGAGUUACAUCGUCCUUUCUCUCAGAAGGCAAAAUGGCUUUGAAACGGCAUUGGAUGCUCCUCAUUUACCUCGUUUUGCUGAUGGCGGGCUUCAACUUCAUGUCCCACGGAUCCCAAGACCUAUAUCCGACCCUUUUGAAAAGCGAAUUUUCCUUCUCUGCGAACGCAGUCACCGUUACCCAAGUGGUCGCCAACCUCGGAGCUCUCACCGGCGGGACGCUGUGCGGCUGGGCGAGUCAGAUAUUUGGACGUCGGUUCUCUAUCAUUGUCAUCAGUAUCAUUGGCGGUGCGCUCCUCUACCCCUAUACCUUUGUCACCUCGACCAACGUCAUGGCCGCGGCGUUCUUUGAGCAAUUCUGCGUGCAGGGUGCGUGGGGAGUGAUUCCCAUCCAUCUCAUGGAGCUCUCACCAGGUGCGAUUCGCACCUUCACGGUGGGAACGGCCUACCAAUUGGGGAACCUCGUCUCGUCGGCCAGUUCCACGAUUGAAUCCACGAUUGGCGAGCGUUUCCCCCUGCCACCCACGGAGACGGAAAAACAUCGAUACGAAUACGGGAAAGUCAUCUGUAUCUUCAUGGGCUGUGUGUACGGCUACACGAUCCUGGUGACAUUCUUGGGACCGGAACGACUCGGCCGCAAAUUCGAUGUUGCGCAUGAUGCUGAUAUGGCGACGGUAGCCGCGCAUCGUGGAACCAGUAAGGUGGGGGAAGGGGCCGAGAGCGAUGUGGAGAAGGCUACCGUCACCCGGCUUGAAGGAUAG